ACUGAUCAUUCGGUAGAGUGGGGUCGUGCUUGAAUAUCCAAACAUAACUAUCCAAAUGUUAGCGGAGAUUUCACUUGUAUAUAAAAAUGCAUUAUUUAGGGGUGACGGCCUUCUCUGUGUUCGUCAUACUGAACCACGAGUUUUACGGUGUAUUCGGUGGCCAAAUAUGUAAAAAAAUACCAGACAUCGCCUGCCCUCAAAGCAUUUCCGCACACACCGGGACCUUGGUGCAGCUUGUUCCCAAGUAUCUAACUCGUGAUCAUCCUGAAGAUGAAGUCAGAACACUACCGGCGAUGAGAGAUAACGUCAAUCUAUACUGCGCACAUCCAGCUUGUUACUCAAACCCGUGCCUUAACGAAGGAACGUGUAUGGAGGAACUAUUUGGAUAUAGCUGCUCUUGUGUCCGAGGAUACGGUGGGACACAUUGCGAAGAAAAUAUCGCUUGUAACUCAAACCCGUGCCUUAACGGAGGAACGUGUACGGAGGAACUAGUUGGAUAUAGCUGCUCGUGUGUCCAAGGAUACGGUGGGACACAAUGCGAAGAAAAUUUAACUUGUAACUCAAACCCGUGCCUUAACGGAGGAACGUGUACGGAGGAACUAGUUGGAUAUAACUGCUCGUGUGUCCAAGGAUACGGUGGGACACAUUGCGAAAAAAAUUUAACUUGUAACUCAAACCCGUGCCUUAACGGAGGAACGUGUACGGAGGAACUAGUUGGAUAUAACUGCUCGUGUGUCCAAGGAUACGGUGGGACACAUUGCGAAAAAAAUUUAACUUGUAACUCAAACCCGUGCCUUAACGGAGGAACGUGUACGGAGGAACUAGUUGGAUAUAACUGCUCGUGUGUCCAAGGAUACGGUGGGACACAUUGCGAAGAAAAUUUAACUUGUAACUCAAACCCGUGCCUUAACGGAGGAACGUGUACGGAGGAACUAGUUGGAUAUAACUGCUCGUGUGUCCAAGGAUACGGUGGGACACAUUGCGAAGAAAAUUUAACUUGUAACUCAAACCCGUGCCUUAACGGAGGAACGUGUACGGAGGAACUAGUUGGAUAUAACUGCUCGUGUGUCCAAGGAUACGGUGGGACACAUUGCGAAGAAAAUUUAACUUGUAACUCAAACCCGUGCCUUAACGGAGGAACGUGUACGGAGGAACUAGUUGGAUAUAACUGCUCGUGUGUCCAAGGAUACGGUGGGACACAUUGCGAAAAAAAUUUAACUUGUAACUCAAACCCGUGCCUUAACGGAGGAACGUGUACGGAGGAACUAGUUGGAUAUAACUGCUCGUGUGUCCAAGGAUACGGUGGGACACAUUGCGAAAAAAAUUUAACUUGUAACUCAAACCCGUGCCUUAACGGAGGAACGUGUACGGAGGAACUAGUUGGAUAUAACUGCUCGUGUGUCCAAGGAUACGGUGGGACACAUUGCGAAGAAAAUUUAACUUGUAACUCAAACCCAUGCCUUAACGGAGGAACGUGUACGGAGGAACUAGUUGGAUAUAACUGCUCGUGUGUCCAAGGAUACGGUGGGACACAUUGCGAAGAAAAUUUAAGUUUAUGUAGCAGUAGUAAAGUGGAGUGGAGAGUACGCAAAACCAUCACCCGAGGUAACUUCACGCAAAGUUCGCGAAUGAUAGACACAAUGGAUGCCUGCGUAAACCACGUGAUCAGUGUAAGUGGUUCUGAUCAACGAACGCAGAGGUCGUGA